GAAUUUCUAUUACAUCACCAUGUUACGGGAUCCAGUGUCGCGUUACCUGAGCGAGUGGAAACACGUCCAGAGAGGAGCCACUUGGAAAACCUCCCUCCACAUGUGUGAUGGGAGAAGCCCCACCCCCGACGAGCUGCCUACCUGCUACCCCGGCGACGACUGGUCUGGGGUCAGCUUGCGGGAGUUCAUGGACUGCACCUACAACCUGGCCAACAACCGCCAGGUGCGCAUGCUGGCCGACCUGAGCCUGGUGGGCUGCUACAACUUGACUUUCAUGAACGAGAGUGAGAGAAACACCAUCCUGUUGCAGAGCGCGAAAAACAACCUGAAGAACAUGGCCUUCUUUGGCCUCACGGAAUUCCAGAGGAAGACUCAGUUCCUCUUUGAGAGGACAUUCAACCUCAAGUUUAUCUCCCCCUUCACGCAGUUCAACAUCACGCGGGCUUCCAACGUGGACAUCAACGAGGGCGCCCGCCAGCGCAUCGAGGAGCUCAACUUCCUGGACAUGCAGCUGUACGAGUACGCGAAGGAUCUCUUCCAGCAGCGCUACCACCACACCAAGCAGUUAGAGCACCAGAGGGACCGGCAAAAGAGGCGGGAGGGGCGCAGGCUGCAGCGGGGGCACAGGGGCCACCAGUGGCCCAAAGAGGAUGGGAACGCAGAGGGCGCGGUCACCGAGGACUACAACAGCCAGGUGGUGAGAUGGUGA